AUGGGAGUGGGGGUGAUUGGGCCAGUGGGGUUGUUCUUGCAGAGGGGGGAUGCUUUGGGUGCCUGGCAGCUGCCCCCAAGGGGCUUCAGCUAUGUGGACCUGGUGGAGGGGCUGCGGGACGGGCGCUUCUACGCCCUGAAACGCAUCCUGUGCCACGACAAGGAGGACCGCCAGGCUGCCCUGCACGAGGUGGAGAUGCAUGGCCUCUUUGACCACCCCAACAUCCUGCGUCUGGAAGCCCACUGCAUGGUGGAGAAGGGUACCAAGCAUGAAGCCUGGCUCCUGCUGCCUUAUGUGAAGGGGGGAACCCUCUGGAGUGAGGUGGAAGCACUGCGAAAGAAAGGGACCUUCAUGCCAGAGCAGCGGAUUCUUCUCAUCUUCCAUGGCAUCUGCCGCGGGCUGCAAGCCAUCCACAGCAAGGGCUAUGCGCACAGGGACCUGAAGCCCACCAACGUGCUGCUGGAUGAGGAUGACCGGCCCGUUCUGAUGGACCUGGGCUCCAUGAACCAAGCUCGUAUCGAAGUCAACAGCUCUCGGGAGGCCAUGGCCGUGCAGGACUGGGCUGCCCAGCGCUGCACCAUCUCCUACCGUGCCCCUGAGCUCUUCACGGUGCCGAGCCACCCCCUGGCCCCCGGCCCCCUGCCGCAGGGCUGCCCUGACCCCGCCACGCUCCAGUCCCUAGGCUGCGUGCUGUACUGCAUGAUGUUUGGGGAGGGCCCCUACGACGCUAUCUUCCAGAAGGGUGACAGCGUGGCUCUGGCAGUGCAGAGCCCCAUCGCCAUACCCCCCACAACCAGGUACUCGGCUGCCUUGCUGCGCCUGCUCUCCUCCAUGAUGACACUCAACCCCCAGGAGCGACCCAGCAUAGAUGACGUCCUCCACCAGCUGGAGGGGCUGCAGCCAGCACCGGCGGGCCAGGACACCACGCAGAUCUGAGCCUGUCCCACCCCACAGCAGUGAUGCGCCUCGAGGAUGAGCCGGGGGAAAAGCAGCUACCCUCAUCCCCGCUCCCCCCUGGAGCUGUUGCAGAGGGGAUUGCUGCACUCGGGGGAGAGCUGCUGCUCUGUGCCGGAGAUGUGUUGGAUUUGGAGUGUUCUGUGCCCUGGAUGCUGCUGCCUGGGAUGUGCUCUGUGCCCCAGAACUGUGGACGUGUGACCUGCUGCUAAACACAGUGCUGCUGCCUCCCCUGGGGAUUGC